CCCCCCUAGUGGAAGAACCUGCUCCUGACACCAUCUCUGUCAUCCACAACAGCGAUGAUGAAUCUGACCCAAUAGUGGCCAUUGCUCGCUUCGACUACUCUGGACGGACCAACCGGGAGCUGUCGUUUAAUAAGGGCGCGUCUCUCCUCCUUUUCCAGCGAGUCAGUGAUGACUGGUGGGAGGGCCAACACAACGGAUUGGACGGACUAUUGCCUCACCAGUACAUAGUGGUUCAGGACAUGCCGAACGGGGGCAGAGGCAGUCCGAAGACUGAGGCGGAGUUGCAGGAGGAGAAAGUGUCCACUAGGGGCAUCGCUGCCUCUCCCACUGGAGCUCAUGUAGCUGACGUCUACCUGGCCAACCUCAACAAGAUGAGGAAGAAGCCGGAGUUGGGGAGUAUCCGUAGAACCUUCCGGGUGUCUGAGGGAGGACAAGGGGGUGACGUACCCCCAACGGGGGCGACUGGCGGGAGUGUGAGGACGGCCAGUCUGCCUGUGGGAGGGGCUCUGGUGAAAGAGGGCGGAGACAAACGACCGGUCAGCGCCCACAGUGUCCUCAACUCCUCCAUCACACGCCACUCCUCUCUCAAGACCAAGGUGGAAAGCCCUCAGUUCCGCAAAGCGACCACAGCGGGGCGCUCUAAGAGCUUCAGCAACCACAGACCGCUGGACCCUGAGGUCAUCACUCAGCUGGAGCCCACCUCACAGGAUAUCGAGGUGGCUAUGAGCUCUGCUCUGAGAGAGCUGAGAGAGCUGGAGAGGCAGAGCAUUGUCCAGCACACACACACCCCCGACGUGGUGCUGGACACUCUGGAGCAGCUGAAGGGUGUGUGUGGUGGGGGAGGAGGGGGCGCAUCAGAGCCCUCCAGUCCCCUCCACUCCCGUCUGCUGAGGGACAGUGACGGCGCAGGAUCUCCACACUCACACCCUCUCCAACGCAGCGCUUCGUCCGCUAGCGACGUCCCCUCCUCCUUCCGCCCUUCCUAUUCCAGGAGCCCCCUGCCCUCCUCUCUCGCCUCCUCAGCCCUCGCUUUCUCCACUCCCUCCUUCCGAGAGCCUCGUCCUCCAGCCACGCGGCCCAAGCCGGUGGUCUUCCCCAAGGGAGGAGGAAGCAGCAGUCCGGCUAUGGGGUCCCCAACCUCCACUGUCCCCCCUCCUCCCCCACCCCCACCCCAGCCAAACGACAAGUCCUGCCCCGCCUGAGGAGUGACAUCACACACGCUCCCCUUCCAUACACAAACCACUGCCCCAUCUCCCCUCACCCAAUGACAAGUGGGAUAGCUCUCACCUAGGAUCAGCUUACCCUCCCAAACUAAGCAUUAUGGGGGUUAGACUGUAUAAAGCCUCCAUGACUCAAACAAGGGAUCAAAACGAACAUACAGCAUGACAAUAAAGAGAUAUGGAACCUGUGCUGUAUAUACUGGUGUGAGGUGUGUGUAUGUGCAGGCGAACCUGUGUGAGGCGUGUGAGCGCGUGUGAGCGCGUGUGAGCGCGUGUGUGCGUGUGUGUGUGUGUGUGUGUGUGUGUGCCUGUGUGAGGUGUGUGUGAGCAUGCCUGUGUGAGAUGUGUGUCACAUACCUUAUACUUGAGAGCACUAUUUGAUGUUGAAUAGAUGGAACAUUUAAGGACAUUUCCCAGGCAGUCUCUCCUUUUAUCCCCAAAGAACCCUGAGAAGACUGGAGAGGACAGGAGGACUGGUUCACCUGGAUGGCUGUGUGAGUGUGUGACUCCUGGAUCCACACUCUGAGAACACACAGACAGACUGUGGAACACAGAACAUUAUAUAACUCAGAAGAAACUCCGUAUCCACUUUCUCUGGCUACAUGUUCCCUCGCUGCUUCAACACUGGAUCAGCCAAACCGGACAGAAAGAGACAGAGACAGACAGACAGAUAGAUGGAUGGAUGGAGAGAGCAGUGGAAUGUCUGUUUGAGAGGGCAGUGGAAUGCCUGUUUGAGAGGGCAGUGGAAUGCCUGUUUCUACAUGGAGAGAAGAGGACUAGGCUAUGUCUCUGAUCCUCCUGUGUGUAGGCAAGCUAAGUGUUGUGGUGACUCGUUCUAACAACAACGCUCACCAGUAAAGCUGCUAUACACCACGCUCUUUUCUACUGUAUUCUACUAGACUCUACUAUACUCUUAAUCGGGGCUAUUCAAUUAGCACCCCUCAGGGGCCAAAUGAAUGCUGCUUUACUUUUCUAAGUGGAAGUUGUAAUGUAAUUGAUUGGCCAGAGAGCCCGAUCACCAAUGUCCCAGGUGUGUAUUGAUGGGGCCCUGCAGGACAAUAGUUAAAAGUCCUUCUCUACAUUCUGUAUUUACCCACAUAAUGCAACGCUUGUCUAGCUUUCCAACAGCACCUCCUGCUGGUGUUUAAGUGCACGACAUGGCUGUUCUCAAUAACCAACCUUUCUUUAGCAAUAAGAGUCUGACAGACUCAUCAGCUUAGCAGCAUGCCAGGCCUGCUGCUUCUCUCUCCCUUAGACUCCCAGCAUUAAUAUACGCUCUGUUACAGAAGUGGAAUAGACACACACAUACACAUGUGUGUGACGUGUGUGUGUGUUCUGUGGCAGCUAAAUGCCUUUCAGGUUCUCCUCGCAUGCUGGGGCCACAGCAGUCACAGUGCUGACUGACUGCAUCUAUUUUCAAUACUACCAAACGCGUCUCUUACACCAGCUUCACACCAGUUAUUACUCCAGACAAAAUCAGCAAAAAGGGUAUUUUUACAUGUAUAGUUUAUUAACCAUGGUGAUAACUGGACAUGUGCAGAUGAGGAAUCUCAAUGAGGUGGAAGAGUUUGUUUAGAUACAAGCACAAACAAACCUCGUCAAGCGCAUUCAUAAACAUUACUUUAUGCUUAUUUUCUUCCACUUGUUAGUUUAUCCUCAGAAUAUGUAAUACUAAACUUUGUAGCCGUCUACGUGUGUGUUGGGUGUGUGUGUGUGCGUCAGUGACCCUUCACAGCUCUCAGAAGUCAGAGUUAACCACUCAUCAUUAAGGGAACCAACUAAUGCCUGCUCUUUGGAGACAUGGGGACCAACAGGAUGGGACACAAAGACAGCAGAACCUGUGUUGCCAGAGCCACUCUGCUACCAGUAUCACUGAUCACUAGGCUUAAUGUUUGUGUGACUGACUAGUUCUCAGUCCCAGCCACUAAAGACAGAGGACAACAGGAAAAGUGUCACACUGUCUCCUCUGUCGCUCCUCUUCCAAUAGCAUUGAUGUGUGUCAUGGCGAACCCGCAUCCAAUAAUUGAUUGGAUUUAUAUAAUCCAAUGAAAUCAGUUACAGGAACAGCCCUGAGGUCUGUUCUGUUGUGCUCGUCUUUAAGAGAACUUCUGCUGUGACUCCCUAACUGUCUGCCGCAUCAUGUGAUCAAUCUCAAACCGGUCCUGUCCUGUCUUUCACUGUAGCAUUUUCUGAAGUCUGAACUGUGAUUCGUCAAGGGGAGGAGACAGAAUGUUUUGAUUGGUCAAGGUUAGUGGGAGGCGGCAGGAUGCUUUAGUUAUUGACAGCUUUAACACUGUCUGAGACCAGGAUAUUUAAUGUCAGGGCUUAGAGAUCCUUGAGGCUAGAAAAGCAGCAGACAUCUCUCCCUAUCACCCUGCUCUCUCUGUACCUUUCUCCUAGCAUUCUGCCUCUCUUCCCACAGACACACUAAUAUCCCUCUGUCUGGUUUCUUCCUUAUUCCUUCCUCCCCACCAUGCAGAUAUAUACUUGUAUUAUUGCAUUCCCAAAUGAUCUGUAACAGGGGACUUAAUUAUAAUUGUAAUGUUUUAUCUCUGUGUGUGUAUUUUAAGAUGUAUUUUACAUUGUGUUGCUCCCCUUACCUCAUCUUGGCAACUGGAGGGAUUGUGUGUGUGUGUGUGUGUGUGGGGUGGGGUGAAUAGGCAUUAACACACAUGUCAUACGAACAUACACUCAUGGGUGAUGCUUUGUGGUUGGUGUCUGUGUUAUCCUGGCUUUGUUGUAUAGGAGCUAGGAGCCUCAGUGUCCUCACCAUAUUAUCCGUUGAGCUCAAAUCAAUCAUCAUGCAUCAUAAAAUGACAUGGUGUGCUCCAGGACUGAUUGAAUGAGGAGGAUUUUAUAAUGAUUAACUAUUGUUAAAUAUGCAUUUCUUGUCCAUUUGAAAACACAAGAUCUAAAAAAUGACUGUAAUGUCAAAUAUAUGUAUAGUUGCCUCUGUAUUACUGGAGAAUCCUGUGUUAAGAUGUACUUUGUAUAUACAAUGUUGUACAUUACAGAGGUACACUCUUUUUCUGGUACAAUAUUGUACAGUAAUAGCAAUAGUAGUUUAAUCAAAUAGACCUUAUAUAAUUCUAUGUGUAGUUCUUGUAGUAUACUUUUUUUUAAUAAACAUUGCUUGCUAUAAAGGUG